AUGGCAGGGAAUACAUCAACACCUAUGAUCUUCGUUCUAAUCACUCAACUGAUAGGAUGCCUGUCAGACAUACCUGGGGUUGCUCAACGAAGAUUCCACAACUCUGAGCAGAGAUGA